CCAGGCGAGUGUGUAGAAGGCCAGGCGAGUGGGAACAAGACUGAAUUUGGUAUUUUUAUCUUCUAAAUCAGUCAGCUGUAUGAGACUGGAUAUUUCUUUUAGGAUUUUCUUUAUGCUUCAGAUUAUUCAUUUGCCUUGGUCAAAAGAGCCACAUAAAUUGAAGACUGGAAGUGCAUCCGUUGUUUGUCUGCUAACUAAGCAGCUGAUUUGCUCAAAUUGACAUCUGCUGGUGUCAUUCCUCUGAGGACAGACCAUCUGCUGAAAAUCUGUGUGAAGCUGUAUUUGGGACAUUGUCUCGAUAUCAGACAAACAUUGCUCUGUUGUUGUGGUGACACUCAAGCGAGACCUAGAUUGACAGGUCUCCCUCCAGAGUAACUUUUCAGAGCAGCCACCAAAAGGAACAUGUGCUAGAAGUUCAACAUCUGUCCUAAACAACCGGUCAGCUUUGACUCUAGAAGAUGAGCAAUGACGAUGAGUUCUUCGAUGCCGUCACAGGCCUGGAAUCGGACGAGUCGUGCGAGGGGCUGUCGGAGGCCAGUUUCAAAGAUGCACAAGGGAUUGACAGCAGCAGCCAGAAGAACAAUGGAUCAGUCCCACAAGAAAAUGGCAUCAAGAAACACAGGACAUCUCUCCCUGCACCCAUGUUUUCCAGAAACAAUAUCAGUGUGUGGAGUAUCCUGAAAAAAUGUAUUGGACUGGAACUGUCCAAGAUCACGAUGCCCAUUGCCUUCAACGAGCCGCUGAGCUUCCUGCAGAGAAUCACGGAAUAUAUGGAACACACUUACCUCAUCAACAGAACCUCCUCAAUGUCCGACUCCAUAGAGCGCAUGCGGGCAGUAGCUGCUUUUGCUGUGUCAGCAGUUGCGUCGCAGUGGGACAGAACUGGAAAGCCCUUUAAUCCUUUGCUGGGAGAGACCUAUGAACUUAUCAGAGAGGACCAGGAUUUCCGAAUAGUGUCUGAGCAGGUAUCCCAUCAUCCUCCAGUGAGUGCAUUUCAUGCAGAGAGCCUGGCUGGGGAUUUCGUGUUCCACGGCUCCAUCUACCCUAAACUUAAAUUCUGGGGCAAGAGUGUUGAGGCAGAGCCUAAAGGGACUAUCACACUAGAGCUACUCAAGCACAGGGAGGCAUACACAUGGAGCAACCCUAACUGCUGUGUACACAAUGUCAUACUGGGAAAACUGUGGAUAGAACAGUAUGGCACAGUAGAAAUAGUCAACCACAGCACUGGAGACAAAUGUGUGUUGAAUUUCAAGCCCUGUGGGAUGUUUGGCAAAGAGCUACACAAAGUGGAGGGAUACAUCCAAGACAAGAGUAAAAAGAAGCUUGCUGUCAUCUAUGGGAAAUGGACUGAAUGCAUGUGGAGUGUCGACCCUCAGGCCUAUGAAGUACACAAGAAGUCUGAGAAGAAAGGAGACAACAAAAAGCAGAAAAAUGAUGAACUUGAGGGCGCUGAGAACGAUGACGCAGAUGACAUGCCCGAAGUCCAAGAGACUGUGUCUGUUGUACCAGGAAGCACUCUGUUAUGGAGGAUAGACUCUAGACCAGCACACUCUUCUGUGAUGUACAACUUCACAAACUUUGCGAUGUGUCUGAAUGAGCUGGAGCCCGGCAUGGAGGCCAUCCUGCCCCACACAGACUGUCGCUUCAGGCCUGACAUCAGAGCAAUGGAGAACAGCAACAUGGAUGAGGCCAGUAAAGAAAAGGAAAGACUGGAGGAGAAACAGAGAGCUGCCAGAAAAGAGAGAGCCAAGAGAGAUGAGGAGUGGUCUACUAGGUGGUUCCAGAUGGGCACCAAUCCAUACACAGGUUCUCAGGAUUGGAUCUACACUGGUGGAUACUUCAACAGGAACUACCAAGACUUGCCUGAUAUCUACUGAAAACCUACUUGCCUUUCUCCUCCUCCUCCACCAUAUCUAUAACCUCCCGUUACACCCUCCCCCCCCACCCACCCCCGGUCAUUAACUGGAGAUAAAAUGAUACAAAUCAUCAUCAAGGCACACCAACUCAGAUUGGAAAUGCAUACAAAGAAGCUGAACGUUGUUGACUGCCGAGUCUUCAGUAAAAGUGAUUGUUUUGGGUUUUUUUUGCGCUGACACACACACACACACACACACACACACACUUAAGAGAAGUUGUUAUAUUAUUUCCAAGUCUUACUCUCCAUCAUCGACUAACAUCUCCUGUUUCCCUGCUGAAGCACACUUUAGAGCACAAUGGCCAUUUAAUUCCAGGUCAAUCCCUCUGGCAGAGAGUUGGUAACAACUCAAAAACCUCACAGGUCCGUUCUGAAUGUUUAACAUCUUUGCCAUUGAACUCUGUGCUCCGAGGAUCUGCCCGCCAAGACUCUUGAUGGCAGCAUUUUAAAAACAUUCACAUGUCACAAAUGAAUUUUCCCAGUUUAACAUGUGACUUUAGAGGAUAAGGGUGUUGAUCUGCAGCUGCUUGUGAAUGAAACUGUUGUUCAGUCGUUUUUUUUUUUUUGGUUUUUUUUUUUCCCCAUUCUUUUAACUAGUGAACUUAAGAGGAGUCCAAAAAGACUAGAAGUAAAUAUUACAGUGAUGGUAUAUGCUCAUCUAUUGUGUGAACCCGUGUAUAAAUGCGUACAAGCACCUAAAAGCCAUAUUAACAGGAGAGGGUGUUUUUUCUGUGCGGAUAUGAAUUAGAAAAUAUGAGCCUAAAGGAACUGGAUUGUUAUAAAUCUCACUAUCAUCAUAGAAGAAACUUGUCGGUGUAAUCCGAGUAUCAAAUGCAGCUCUAGAUAACUGUGUUCUGUGGCAGGAUUGGGUGGAUGGAUUCAUGGACAAAGUGACAUAAGCAGACAUGAACGGGAAAAACUGGAGAAAAAUGGCGACUACAGAAAAGUUAACGGACCGCAGAUUAACUUGGCGUCGACUCGUAUAAUAGGACAACAAAACAAGCAGAAACGAUACAGUGAUGAUUGUAGUCUUUUGUGUCUGUGCAGGCUGCUUCUUACACUUAUGUGCCAAGCAGAAACACUAUUUCUUAAAGUGAAGAAGGAGAGGAGGAGGAAAAAAAAAAAAAGCCGGAACUUCUCUAAUGAAUGUUGGCACACACAAAAAAAGACUGUAGACGUUUUGGAUUGUUGGUAGUGUCCCAACAGGGUCCCAGAAAUUGGUAACUCGAGAUGAGGUCCACUGUUGUGCAGUUUCCCUUUGAUUUGUGUUGAGCUCAACAACAGUGUGACUCUACAUUUAACCCAUUCAUUAUUAUUUUAAUGCAUCGUCACUGAGCAGGACUCACAUUUCCCUUCAGAUUCUAGGAUACAGACAUGUUGGUAAAUGAAUACUGGGAUGAAAUCCAUCUUUUUCUUUUUUUUUUUUUUUUUUCUUUUUUUUUUUUUAAUUUAAAUUUUUGUUGCUAUGCUGAGGUUUUAUUAAAAGGUUAAAGUUUUUAAACAUUGUAAUGCUUUCGAUUAAAGCACUUAGGCAGAGCUCGAGUCACCCUGCGGUUUUGAUAGAGUGAGAAAUGUAGAACAAACAGGUUACAGCUCUCACAUGUGCGUACUAACUUAACAUCGUAACACACGCGCCUAAUUUUGUUUGACAGAUGCGUUCUGCUGAAGUCGAUCCCUGCUCAGUACGUUAUGGCACGCAUCUAAUUUUUAAUCACAUUUAGUUUUGUUUCUGUAUUAAAAAUCACAUUUUCACAUGAAUAUUUAGCUUGCAGCACCGACCCUAUGCAACUUUUGCACGUGUCUGUUAUUGUACCACAGCUUAACAUUCCCCCCCUCCACCCGCAGCGACACAUUGAACGCACGCACACACACACCUUCACUUUUGAGUAGUGAGAUGUACCUUUUUAUAUAUUGACUUUGCAGCCUUAGUUUAAUACAUUCCAGAUAAUUUGAAACCUAUUUGUACUACUUGUCACUACAGGUAGCCGUGUUGUCACAUCUUCAAUUUGACUUUUAUUUGUAUUAUUUUAUUUUUUUCAAAAAUGGAUUACCGUGUCAUGCUUAGUGCCCGAGCUUGUCUGUUUUCCAUUUUUAACUUGUGUGUUAUUUAUGGUGUUUUAUGAAUGAGUUUUUUUUUUUUUUCUCUCUUGUAGCAAAAUCGUUUCUUAAUGUUUUGCUUAGGAAAGAGCAGAGCGCCUAAUCGGGGCUUGAAGCAAACAUUCACCAGCUGAACACUGAACCUUUGACUGUGGCUGUUACAUCUGUCUGAUUUACUUGCCAGUACAGUAUCUGUAACCUAUUCAGGACAUGUUGGGUUAAAUUCACCAGUACAAUCCAGAACUUUUACAUUCAUUUAAAAACAACUUAAAAACAACUUUUUUUUGUUUUGUGUUAUUAAAAAGCUUAUUGCACAAACACUACUCCCAGUGCGCCAUCACAGAAGGCUAAAGUCAAGCACUCACCAAAUUCUGCAGCUGUACAUGAAUCCAAACAGACACAAUGAUCUUGGUAAUUUUUUACUGUAAACUACUAACUGGCGAAAACUAAACACAUGUAACCGUCACGUUCAUCAGUGCUCAUCAAGCUCUACCAGUUAUACAACUAAUAAACGUUAUUUAACUAAUUCUAGGAUUUUAUGUUGCUUUGAUUGUUGGCUCUUUCUAUUAAGGAAAAUGUUUUCUGUUGAAUUUUGUUUCUCUUCGAUUGUGUCAUGUGGUUGUCGAUGUAAUAUAUGUGUAAAAGUGUUGCACAGAAGUAAUCGCAAGCAAAAUGGCAUAUUUGUGCAAUUGAUUUUAUUUUUAUAGUAUUUAAACAGUUUUUGGUGACAACCAGAAGUUUUAUUUUGAAGUCGGGAGGGGUCUGUAAGGGGUUGUAUCCAUACUGUGGACAGCUUGUUAGAUUCUAUGAAUGGGGAAAAUGUCUACUAAUAAAAUCCUAAUGUCAGC